UGUACCACCGUUCAGGGUAAAGAUCAACAAACACAACAAUUGCCAUAUCAGAUAAACACUUGGCAAUACUUCUGAAUGUUUCCCUACUCCCUCCCAGUUAAGCCCAGUACUUGGUGUUCGACGACCCCGACCGCGAUCGAGGCGCUGUUAUCUAAACCCGAGAGCAGGCUGCGUCGUCAGGAUCUGAAGGCGUAGACCGAGUGAACGCCACUACCGCACUGACACUAGCUCGUUUUUAAAAAAUGGCCAGCUGGGGCAGGGUGUAUAACAUCUUGAGGAACUUUGCGAGGACGCCUCGGGUACUCACAGCGUUGGGACAGUCCCGCACUGUUGGUACGGGCGUAUUUGCAUCUCUCGUUGGAGGUGGAGUGAUUUAUCAGCAUUAUGAAGCCAGCAGGAUGUUUCCUGUGGUCGUUUAUGCUGAGGAGACACAGGAAACCGCUGUACCCGUGCGGUCUGCAAGGCGAAUUCGCUUUAAUCAGUUUGCCUCGUUGAUUUACGAGCAGGAGGUUUACAUGACACCCAGAGACUUCCUUUUCUCGGUGAUGCUGGAGAAUGUCGACCGUAAGUUGCGAAAGAAGGAGUUGAAAAAAGAGGAAGUGGAUAAAAUGUUGACGACUGCCAGCAGGGCGCAGGCUGAUAACAACCUCUUCAGAAACGUGGGAGAUAAUGGCUUGAUAUCCUACACGGAAUAUCUAUUCUUGUUGACCAUCCUAACCAAGCCUGGCACAGGAUUUCAUAUUGCUUUCAAGAUGCUUGAUGUUGAUGGAAAUGAGCAGGUUGAUAAGAAGGAGUUUCUUAAGCUGAAGAACAUCAUUCGGCAAAAAAAAGAAAAAAAUCCCAAGGAAGGUGACAAUAAACCAACAGCUGGAGUGGAGGACGUGAACACCACCCUGCAGGCCUUCUUCUUUGGACGGCACGGGGAAAACAAGCUGCAGUACAAGGAGUUCCAACGGUUCAUGGAGGACCUGCAGGCCGAGGUGCAGGAGAUGGAGUUCCUGCAGUUCUCCAAGGGCAUGGACACCAUGAGAAGGGAGGACUUUGCUGAGUGGCUGCUACACUACACCAACGAAGAGGACAACGACGCCUACUGGGAGAACAUGCGCAAGAGGAUCCCGGCUGGCGAGAGCAUCACAUUUGCUGAGUUCAAAGCCUUCUGCCUCUUCACCAACAAUUUGGAGGACUUUGCAUUCACGAUGAAACUGAUCAGUGAAGCCAACCGACCUAUCGGCAAGGCCCAGUUCAAACGAGCGGUGAGGAUCGCGACAGGACACGACCUGUCUGAGAACGUGCUGGACACUGUGUUCAAGAUCUUCGACCUGGAUGGGGACAACUGCCUUAGCCACAAGGAGUUCCUCGGUGUCAUGCACGACAGAAUGCUACGCGGCCUAAAGGUGCAGCACCGGUUAGGCCUGUCUGGCUAUUGGAAAUGUGUGAAGCAGGAAACCCUGAAAGGAGCGCAGGAGGCCCUGAGGGAAUCUGGAAGCCCUUUCUAACUCCCCUCUGAUGCCCAGUGUUUUGAUGUGAUGUCAUUUUUUUUUUAACGGAUGAACGUACAAAGUUAACUUUAAACAUAUCGGAAUUAGAUGUUUCAGCCGAACUAUGGCGCAAAAGGGAAAACACAACCAUGAUGCCAAGCAAAGGAUGACACUGCAGUCUAUGUCCCAAAUGUUUACAGAUUUAAAUUUUGUUUAAGAAUAUGCACGGUUAGUACAUUGUGCCACAAUAUAAAAAAAAGGUAAUUAAUAUUUUCUCUACACAUAUGUAUUCAUCAUAUUGACGUUGGUGUGCAGAUUAUGCAUAUCAUACCAAGAAAUAGUGUCAUCAGCUUUAAGUUUGCACAGCAUACUUUUGCUAUUCAAGCACAUUGUGUUUACAAAACUGGUUACCUGUGGUAUGGUGUUUAAAAUAAACUGGGGGUGGGUUUAAAUUGCGUAGCAUAAACUACAACAUUUGCAAAUAAAAGUAUGCAAUUUGAUACA